CCAUUCUUGCAUCAAAUGCAGCGGCAUGUGAAGGUCGCAGUCGUCCCCAGGGCCUUGCUCUGAUUGAGCAUCAGUAACGCCUCGCUCACUCGCUCACCACAGGAACCAGCGAGUUCUCUGCAGCUUGCUAUGGGAACCACAACGGCAACAAUGGACAGGAAUAAUGCAGAUGGAGGGCUGGGUAGGAGGAAGAAGGGAGGCUUCAGGACCAUGCCGCUCAUACUAGCAAGCGAAGUGUGCGACCGGUUUGCCACGGCCGGCUUCAGCGCCAACCUGAUCACGUACCUGACGCAGCAGCUGCACCUCCCGAUGGUGGAGGCCUCCAACACGCUGACAAACUUCGGCGGCACCUCCGCCUUCACGCCCAUCCUCGGCGCGUUCGCCGCCGACUCCUUCGCCGGCCGCUUCUGGACCAUCAUCGCCGGCUCCGUGGUCUACCAGUUCGGCAUGAUCGGCGUCGUCGUGUCCGCGCUCCUCCCUUCGCUCCGCCCGCCCCCGUGCAAACCACCGGCCACCCCGUGCCAGCGCGCCUCCGGGUGGCAGCUCGCCCUGCUCUACCUCUCGCUGCUGCUCACGUCGCUGGGGUCCGGCGGGAUCCGGCCCUGCGUCGUGGCGUUCGGCGCCGACCAGUUCGAGCAGGACAGCAGCGGCGCCGCCGAGGCGGCGGCCAAGGCGGAGGCGGAGCGGAAGCGGCGCUACUUCAACCUCUACUUCUUCACCAUGGGCUUCGCCGUGCUGCUGGCGCUCACGGUGGUGGUGUACAUCCAGGAGAACGUCGGGUGGGGCUGGGGCUUCGGCAUCCCGGCCAUCGGCAUGUUCAUCUCCAUCGUCGUGUUCCUCGCCGGCUACCCGCUCUACGUGCUGCUCAGGCCCGGCGGCAGCCCGUUCACGCGGCUCGCGCAGGUUGUCGCUGCCGCGUUCAAGAAGCGCAACGCCGCCGUGCCGGAGGACCCCGGCUUGCUGUACCAGGACAAGGAGCUCGACGCGCUCAUCUCUACCAACGGCAGGCUCCUGCACACCAACCAGCUCACGUUCUUCGACCGGGCAGCAAUAGUGACGCCGGGCGACAUCACCCCGUCCGGGCAACCCGACCUGUGGCGUCUGUCGACGGUGCACCGCGUGGAGGAGCUCAAGUCCAUCCUCCGCUUGCUGCCCAUCUGGUCGGCCGGCAUCAUGCUGGCCACCGCCGGCUCCCACAACUACACCUUCACCAUCAUGCAGGCGCGGACCAUGGACCGGCACCUGGGGCCCGGCCACUUCCAGCUCCCGCCGGCGACGCUGACCAUCUUCUCGACGGCCGCCAUGCUCGUCACCCUGGCCUUCUACGACCGCGUCUUCGUGCCGCUGGCGCGCCGCGUCACGGGCCUGCCGUCGGGGAUCACCUACUUCCAGCGCAUGGGCAUCGGGCUCGCCAUCUCCGUGCUCAGCGUCGCGUCGGCCGCGCUCGUGGAGACCAAGCGCCGCGACGCCGCGGCGCGGCACGGGCUCCUGGACAGCCCCGCCGCCGUCGUGCCCAUCAGCGUGUUCUGGCUCGUGCCCCAGUUCGCCGUCCACGGGAUCGGCGACGCCUUCUCGUCGGUGGCGCACAUGGAGUUCCUCUACGACCAGGCGCCCGAGAGCAUGCGCAGCAGCGCCGUCGCGCUCUUCUGGCUCGCCGGCUCCAUCGGGAGCUACAUGGGCACGGUGCUCGUCACGGCGGUGCAGAGCGCCACCAGAGGGGCGUGGCUCCAGGACAACAUCAACAAGGGGAGGCUCGACUACUACUACUGGCUCGUCACGUGUAUCAUGGUGCUCAACUUCGGAUACUUUCUCGUCUGCUUCUACUUCUACACCAUGAAGCCGCUGGAGGUGGCGGGUGAUGACAAUGGUGGUGACCAUGACAAGGAGUGUGAGCUCUCGUCGUCGUCUCUCCGGAAAAAUGGCGGUGGCGGCACCGGCGGUGGGAUGGUGUAAGGUUGAUUUGUUUGAGGGUAAUUAACUAAAAGGCUAGAAAGAAUGGUCUUGUUAAGAUAUGUAAUCAGCUGCUGCACAUGCACAAGGAUUACAAUUUACUAUAGGGAUUAUACUGUAUAUAUAUCGAGGCUAGAAUUAUGAACUUGAGCGAGCAUGCAUACUGUCAGAGGAAGAUAUACGAACGUACGAUCAUGAUCGUGAUCAAGCAAGCUAAUUAAAAGCACUAUGCAUCUCAUGCAUGAUAGUAUAGCUUAGUAUA